UUGGGCUGAAUCCCUGCUCUUUACCUAUACUCCCCACCCUCAUAAAGAAGAGGAACCCUUAAAUCUUAGCUUACAAAUAAUAUUCUUUCAAAUUCCUGCAUUUAAUUGAGACUUUUACUUGUAGCAAUUACCAUAAUGUGACAGUUUGCAUUGGAGGAUAUUUUAUGGCCCUGUCACAGACUAAUGAAAGAAGGAAAUAAAAAGUUAACAGUGACAUCCUUCUUUUAAUCACUUUUGUGUUUAAAUAUUCUGGCCCAUAUGGCAUAUAACUAAUCCCAUACACUAAGGUAACAGUUUUAAAAUAUCCAACACAGUAGGACAUAAGCAGCUACGUAUACUACUUAAUUUCUCCUUUUUACUUUAUCAGAAGUAAGACAAUAUAAAUGAUUGCUUGAUUUCCCAUUCCCCUUACACUGAAACCAUAUACUAUUAUAAAACUUUUCGUGGAUGAUUUCAAUGACUACAUGGUGAGGUCCUAAUAUCUUGUUUAUAGGCCGUCAAGUGUUCACUGAAUCGUAAUUAAGGCCUAAUUAAUAAUUAUAAUAACUAUUUGAAAAAUUACAAUUUUUUUUAAAUGCACUGUUGGCUAGGAGUUCAAUAUAUUAUAAAUUAUUCCAGACAUACGGUAGCAUUCAUAAUGAACUUAAUCUACUUAGAUUUAAUUAUCAAAGUUCAUUUUGCCAUUUUGAUUAGGUGUAUUGAAUUCUGAAACUUAACUCAAAUCUUCAUCCAUAUUGGACACCCCUCUCCCUCCUACUAUGACAGAAUACACAGUUUUGGACUUGGUAAUAAACAGGUGCCAGGGAAUUACCUCACUUUGACUUUGUAACACCUAUUAAUGUAGAAAUUUUCCUUUACAACAUUGUAUUCAAAAGUUGUCUCUUUCAGUUUUGAGGCAUUGAACCUCAAAACAUACAGUGCUUUAGAAAUUAUACCAUGUUCUGUUAAAUCUUUUAUAUAAGGUCCAGAAGAUAAAAAGAAAAUGAUUUGCAGUCUUUCUAAUCUUUCCCCUGUGAGAGUUGACUCUGUUUAAGAAAGGUUUACGUGGAUAGACACACCUUCACCUCAGCCUUUUUGUGACUCCUAGUAUAUGUGUGUUUGGUCUCCCGGAUCUUAUUAUAUUAAAUUAUUGGUUAAAAGGGGGAAACUCCUGCCUUUAUUAUGUAUUUCACUAAAGGAGUUUUUUAAAGAAGUGUUGCUUACUAGCAAUUACAAUGGCAGGAUUAUUGAGCUAUUUAAGUCAUGAAUCCUAUUUUCUUUUUAUAUUGACUCCCCUCCCUAAAUUAAAUUGAGAUUUAAUACCAACUUCAUGACAAACAGUUCCAUUUAAUGGAACCUAAAGGUUUUCAAAUCUUUUGUUUAUGUCUCUGACUUGUUUUUUAGAACUCUUUCAAGAUCUAAGUCAAUUACAGGAAACAUGGCUUGCAGAAGGUAAGGCAAAAAAUUGCUUUAAAAGGAGGGGAAAAGCAACUCUAGAAGGGGUAAAAAAAAAAAAAAAAAAAGUCCUGAACUUGCUGUCUUAAUGUUCAACCCAAUUAAUUGAGCUCUAAAAGAGCCACCUCAUGUGUCAUGCAUACAUUAGAGUCUCUGAUGAGUUUGUCUUUGGGGAAUCUGGGGCUGCACUACCCAGUGUCAUCACAAAUUACCAGGAGAAAUUGCUUCCAGCUCCCAAUCACAUCUGCUUUUGGCAAGAACUAAAGCACCAAGACUUCAAGUUCUAAGCCUCUGUUCAGAUUUUAAUUGCAAUUGAUCAGGUUUAUUUUAUUGUACCUCGAGAGACCUCCUAGAGCCAGAACCCGGCUUGCUGUUUCUUUUAGAGCAGCGCAUAUCAUUAUUUGGUGUUCUGGUGGAGGACUUUUCUGAUGGCAGAAAUUAGUUUCUCUGGGUUCAUCAGGACGGGAUGCUUCAAGAUUUAAGUGCAAGUGUCUUCUUUCCACCUUGUUCACAGCACAGAACGUUAGCUCAGGUACCUGACAAUGAUGAGCAGUUUGUGCCAGACUAUCAGACUGAAAGUUUGGCUUUUCAUGGCCUACCACUGAAAAUCAAGAAAGAACCCCACAGUCCAUGUUCAGAACUCGGUUCUGCCUGCAGUCAAGAACAGCCCUUUAAAUUCAGCUAUGGAGAAAAGUGCCUGUAUAAUGUCAGUGCCUAUGAUCAGAAGCCACAAGUGGGAAUGAGGCCCUCCAACCCCCCAACUCCAUCCAGCACCCCAGUGUCCCCACUACAUCAUGCGUCUCCAAACUCCACUCACACUCCAAAACCUGACCGCACCUUCCCAGCUCACCUCCCUCCAUCGCAGACCAUACAAGAUAGCAGCUACCCCAUGGACCACAGAUUUCGCCGCCAGCUUUCUGAACCCUGUAAUUCUUUUCCUCCUUUGCCAACAAUGCCAAGGGAAGGACGUCCUAUGUACCAACGGCAGAUGUCUGAGCCAAACAUCCCCUUCCCCCCUCAAGGCUUUAAGCAGGAAUACCACGACCCAGUGUAUGAACACAACACCAUGGUUGGUGGUGCGGCCAGCCAAAGCUUCCCUCCUCCUCUGAUGAUUAAACAGGAACCCAGAGACUUUGCAUAUGAUUCAGAAGUGCCUAGCUGCCACUCCAUUUAUAUGAGGCAAGAAGGCUUCCUGGCUCAUCCCAGCAGAACAGAAGGCUGUAUGUUUGAAAAGGGCCCCAGGCAAUUUUAUGAUGACACCUGUGUUGUCCCAGAGAAAUUUGAUGGAGACAUCAAACAGGAGCCAGGCAUGUAUCGGGAAGGCCCCACGUACCAGCGGCGGGGGUCACUUCAGCUCUGGCAGUUUUUGGUAGCUCUUCUGGAUGACCCUUCAAAUUCUCAUUUCAUUGCGUGGACUGGGCGAGGCAUGGAAUUUAAACUGAUUGAGCCCGAAGAGGUGGCCCGGCGUUGGGGCAUUCAGAAAAACAGGCCAGCUAUGAACUAUGAUAAACUAAGCCGUUCGCUUCGCUAUUAUUAUGAGAAAGGAAUCAUGCAAAAGGUGGCUGGAGAGAGAUAUGUCUACAAAUUUGUGUGUGAUCCAGAAGCCCUGUUCUCCAUGGCCUUUCCAGAUAAUCAGCGCCCACUGCUGAAGACAGACAUGGAACGUCACAUCAAUGAAGAGGACACGGUGCCUCUGUCUCACUUUGACGAGGGCAUGGCCUACAUGCCGGAAGGGGGCUGCUGCAACCCCCAUCCCUACAAUGAAGGCUACGUGUAUUAACACAAGUGACACUGAAGCAGGGCCUGCUCAAGCGUUUCCUCUUUUGCAGGAUGCAGAGAAUCUCUGAGUGCUCUUCGAUUUUUGAUUUUUGUUGUUUGUAUUUUAUUUUUAAAUAAUAAUACACAAAAAGGGGCUUUCCUGUUGCAUUAUUCUGUGGUCUGCCAUGGACUGUGCACUUUAUUUGAGGGUGGGUGGGAGUAAUCUAAACAUUUAUUCUGUGUAACAGGAAGAUAAUGGGUGAAUGGGUGGGGGGAAUACGGGGAUUACUUUUUACUUAGGCUUGGGAUGGGGUCUUACAGGUUUUAAGUAUGAUGAAGCUAUAUCAUGUUUAUUUGAUUUCAUAACAACAUAAGAAAAUGUUCAUUUUCUCUGGGUAUCUAUGGUACAGUUAAUUCACAUUGUGUAAAUAUCCACUUGGAGACCAUUUGCCUUGGGCAUUUUCCCCUCUCAUUUCUGAGUCUCUGCAAGAUGUACAAAAACAAAAACAAACAAACAAAAAAAACAAAAAAAAACAAAAAACAAAAAACAAAAAAAACCCUACUGUAAAUGGCAGUUUAAUUGUUAGAGAUGACUGGUUUUGCACCUGUUGUAAAAAGGUAUUUAGAGAUUGCAUUUGCUGUUUUUGUUUUGUUUUGCUCUAUAUAUGACUCACAGAGGAUAACCAUAAAAUGGGUAAUUCUCUCUGAAGUUGAGUGAUCACCAUGACGGUAAAUGAGGGGCACAAUUUUGGACUCUGGCUCCAAACUGAGUCAUAGGCCAGUAGCAUUACAUGUAUCUGGUGCCACCUUGCUGUUUAGAUACAAAUCAUAAUGUCAUUUAAAUAUUUUGAAGCCCGUUUCAGUUAAAUAAUGAUAUGUCAUGGUCCUUUGAGAUCUUCAUUUAAAUGUUAAAUCCAGGAUCACAAUGAAGCAAAAAAUAUCUAUCUCACUUCCUUCAGUACAUAAAAAGACAUUAUUUAAUCGAUAAGAAUUAACUGUACUAAAUCACAUAUUAUGCUGUUCUAGAUACAGCAAGCACUCCUUAAGAAAAAUAUCCAAUACACUAAAUAGGUACUAUAGUAAUUUUUAGACAUGGUACCCGUUGAUAUGCAUUUAAACCUUUUACUGCUGUGUUAUGUUGAUAACAUAUAUAAAUAUUAGAUAAUGCUAAUGCUUCUGCUGCUGUCUUUUCUGUAAUAUUCUCUUUCAUGCUGAAUUUACUAUGACCAUUUAUAAGCAAUGCAGUUAACUACAGAUAGCAUUUCAGGACAAAAUAGAUGACUCAAACCAUUUAUUGCUUAAAAAAUAGCUUAUGCCAUGCUAUGCUAUAAGCAGCUUUUAUGCACAUUGACAAAUGAAGAGUAAGCUUCAGCUUGCUAAGGGAAACUGUGGAACUUUUGUAACUUUUGGUGAAAUAGAAAAUUAUUUACAAACUGUCAAAGAUCUGAGGAAGUUGCUGUAUGACAUAGUGCUGGCACUGAUAUUCAUCAUCUUGUUUUGGACACUUGUGUAAAUGUGUUUGGAUUGUUUGAAAGAAGAUUUAAAGAUUUAAAGUUUCAAAGGUUUUUGUUUUGUUUUUGUUUGGCAUUUGGAGAAAAUAUUGAAAGCAGAAUAUGUUGUUUCAUUCGCCUUGGAAAAAAACAAAGUAAAUGGUGUUAUAAUAUCCUUGAAAAGCUUGCUGAACCAUUCAGACAAGAAGCAUGAAUUUUGUUCAAUCCAUCAAUAUCCCAGAGGAACAGCAUUUUUU